UCGAAGCGCAUAAUUUAGCUUUAAAUUUACAUAAAAUGCUUGUAGUAAAAUUGCAUUAAUCUCACAGAAUAAGCGUAAAGUUCCUUGUGCUCGCUGUAAAUAAACCCUACCGUUACCGGGUUAACCGACCGUUUAACCAACUCUGUGUCAUAGUUUUGUAGAAGGGGAAGGCUCUUUGUGUUCGUCCCUUCAUUUGCCCCACGGUAAUAUCGAUUGAAUCCGCACAGGGAAGGGCAAACACCUUGUCGGGGCGAAGGCUAACCAGGUGAGGAAGGCUAGUUGUUUGCUGGAUAUAGUAGCAGCGCAUAAGCAGUGUUAACCGCUGAUCGAAACGAUGUCGCAUCGUGAAAUACUGCAGUCGAUUCGGGAGGACGACUUCGUCGAAUAUUUCCUAUUUCCCGCCCGUCCAUCCGACCCUGUCGAUGUGGAGCUGGAGAAUAGUGAAAACCCGCUGGAGCCACUCCUUCUGGAGGUAAAUCGGUUGGCGGACGCAUUCUGCCAGCGGUACAUCUGGCAUCGUGAUUCGUUUCGGGUGGUUCCAAGGCUACUGAACGAUUCGCGGAUGCUGAUCGAAGCAGCCACGGGGGAGAACGGUUCAGCGAGCGCGACACUACCAUCUCAUCUGUACGGGAUUUCCCAUGUCGGCGACAACAUUCAAGAUGAGUGGUUCAUUGUCGCACUGUUGUUCCAUCUGACUGAGCGUAUCCCCGGGCUGGUGGCGCGUGUGGUGGAUGCAGAUGGAGAGUUCCUACUGAUUGAAGCGGCCGAACACUUACCCCGUUGGGCAAAUCCCGAAAGCUGCGAGGGAAAAGUUUUUAUCUGCGAUGGAACGCUGCGGCUAGUGGGAUCGAAUGAAGCUAACGAAGCGCAAGAAUCUUUAGAGGUGAAGGAUGCGCUCGAAGUGCUUAGAGGAACGGAGGGGAUGAAAUAUUGCGUCAGCGAAGAGGUGGAUCAAUGCAUACGCGAAAGGAUUCAGGGUUUCCCGGAUGAAGUUCCGGAGCAUCAGCACCGUGCAACGGUUAAUGUGCCCGUUGGAGUAGCGGCGGUUUUACGUGAAAAUCCCCAGCUCGUGGCACCGGCAGUGUUGGCAUUCUGCGGUCGAGAUCCAAUUGAUCUGAAAGCGUGCCGUGCCAUGCGAUAUUUUCCACCGGAGAAUUGUGUGAACGUUAGUGUUACGUUCACGAAAUGUUUGUAUGCAAUGCUUGCCCAGAGCCGCUACCUUCCGGACCGGAGAACCGGCUGGACCAUCCCACUGUCUACCGAUCCGGAGUAUAAAGCGCAUAUGCUGGGCGUGAAACUGGCCUGCGGGUUCGAGAUCUUAGCGUCACAGGCAAAAUCCUCCCGCACCGACUGGGAAACGGACAAAGGUUGGAAGAGUUACUACGAAUCGCUCAAAGCAAAAGGAUACUUCCGUGAUAAUAUAGAGGGAUCGCAAGAGCACACGAAACUGCUCACCAUCGCGCGCGAGUAUUACGUGGACAACCGGGAUUCGAUGCGUACCACACCGAAGAUCGGCGAAGAAAUUGUUUCGAUUCUGAAACGUAAUGAAUGGGAUGUGGAGGAGCUGCGCAAAGAGGGUCUAGAGUUGCCACCGGCGGACAGUGACGAUUGGAUGAACAUUUCACCUGAAGAGCUAGAUCAACUGCUUACCAAGCGGUAUGGGGCCAAGAAGCUUUUCUCGUUGAAUGGUAACACGAACGCGGCAGAAACGUUUACCUCAAUGGUUAGCGAUUUCCUGGACCAGAAGAGUGAAUUUGAUGGCGUUGUUGUGGAGGAAGCAGACGAGAAGGCGGCCAAGGCAGUAUUGGCUAAGCUCGAUCUGGGAGCACUAAAAUCACCCUCGAAACCGAAACGCACCAAAAGUAAAAACGCACACGAUCGACAGACGAAAACGACACAGCAGCACAACAAACUCAAGUCAUCAUCGGACACGAUGGCACAGGAAUCACCGUUCCAUCAGUCGGCAACGGUCGAGUUUGAUGCGGGUGCCUUUGGAAUGCACGUGCGAAAUAUGCUCGAUUUGCUCAUACCCGAGGAUCGGUGGGAUUCGUCCGACGAGUCGGAAAUGAGUGACUACAGCCAGGAUGAGUACGAUCGGAACAUUGAGGAAAUGUCACCGACGCGAACGCAUCGUGCCGUACAGAGCGAACUGAAGACGUACAUGGAUCAUAUGGAUCGCGAACUUGCCGGCACUACGAUUGGGAAGAGCUUUGAAACUGCCAUCGAUGAUGAAGAUGGGCCUGAUGGUAAACCUUCCGCUUCGGCAGACUCGACCGCUGGUGAUGAUUUCGAUGACAUAGAGUCAUUCAAACCGGUCAACAUCGAUAUGAACACGCUGAAGAAUAUGAUGGAAAGCUACCAGUCGCAGAUCGGUGGUCCCGGUCCGGCGGCCAAUCUACUCGGCUCGAUGGGAGUACAGAUCUCGAAAGCUUCCAAGCCAGAGAAAGGAAGCACACAGCAGACUGAUGUCUAAUGCCAUUUAACUUUCGCUCAAGCCAUGUUUAAUGGGUGUGUCAUCGUAAAGGUACUUCUCCCCUAGUAUGACCAUGUGUGGUGCGUCCUAAUAAUGCUUACAUCACUGUCUCUCCUUUGUGCCAGUUAGGUGAAUGUUUUUCUUUUGGUAAAACAUUCCUCCGCUUUAUAGCCUUUAAGGAUUCACCUUACCACACCCGAAACACACCCUUGUGUCUACCCGUUGCGUCCAAUAUGCUAAAGUGCAUUUUAAUCAUUAUUAAUAGAAGGGCAAUUAAUUAAGGGUAAUUAGUGUUUUUUUGGUUUUAAUGCGGAUAGAAUCCGUGAACCGUGUUUUUAUCUCGCUAAGCGUACGCAUAUCCUUCCUACUUUUAAGUGAAUUCGAGUUUGUAAUUCGCAUCCAAAACAAAUCUCCUCUUUCCCUUCCAAUAGAUAAAUCUGCAUCUGGUACAGUAUAUGCAACCGAAUCAGUUAGAUAGAUAUGGAACAGAGUUUAGCCGAGAUUAGUGUUGAAUAUCCGGAGAAGAACGUGAAGUUGAAGAUGGGGGGAAUUUAAAGGAUGAACAUGUUGGUGCUGAAUCGUAAUUGAACGUACAAAACUGUUAAUGGAACAGAAGAGAUAGCAGCUUUAUCUAAUAGGAUGCGAUUAUUUUGUAUACCACUCAUUUUAUGUAUCAGAAUAGUAAUACGGUGUCAACCUAGCUGCCGAAAUAGGUUGUUAUCCCCGUCAGAAAUUAAAUCACCCUCUAAGCUGUAACGUACACUACUUACCGUACUGCUGACGGAACAAAAACAGAGUAUAAUGAUAUUACUUCCCUCAACGGCACACUGCAUGAUUCUUAUUCAAGUUUGUACUCCUGAAGGUAUGCAAUCAUACAUGCUUUAAAUCGUCACUUUCCUCAAGAUGGCUUAAAAGUGUCAAAAUCGAUUCCAAACAAAAUAUGACCCAAAAAUUAGCGAUUGCAUACAUCCAGGCGUUUCGGACCGAACAGGUUCCCGUCGUGGUGAAGUAAUACAUUCAAAAGCAGACGAAUGUAUGCUUGUAUGCGAAUAAGCCAAACUUACAUCAUCAAACAGUCUCCAUUAGACAUGAAACACGAAUUUUGUACGUCUACACAUGCAGCGGAAAGUAAUAAAACAUUAUGCCAUACGCUCCCCGUA